CUUGAUUUCCUGGUGCUGCCUGCCCUGCGCCUGUUGUGCGCUGCAUUUCCGUGAUUCUCGUGGUUUAGUCCGUGCUUGCGAGGAUCGUACUUGAAGUAAGUGAAUGAGAUGGAUUCCCUCGAGGUUUUUUUGAUUAACUUUGUAGUAAUCGUCUUCCGGAGUGAUUGAUCGUGGUUGUAAGGGGAAUUGAUCUGCUCUGCGACGCAAGCUUCGAUUUUGACGCACAUAGCCGCGAACCACAAAUAGACGCGAACAAACCGUUUCUUUCUGGUAAAUGGUGUGGUGUAGGAGGGUGAUUAUGAAUUAAGCUGUGUUGGGAAUGAACGAAGCAUGCUGAUUCGGGCGUGGAGUGCAUUCAUGUUCGAUCAGGAGGGAGAGGUUUGCUUGUUUUAAUGGAAUGAUGACGCGAAGAGUAGAGCAGUGGGGUGCUGGUGACCUGGUGAAGAGUAGAGGCCAAUUGCGGAAGCCAGAAGUUGUGGAAUGUAGAGCCCAGAUUUUCAGUUUGUAAUAUGCAUCGCAGACGCAAGUUGCAUAGAAGUUUAGCGGAGCCUGCUACUUUUGUGAGUUUUUCUGUUGUGCGUGAUUUCCUUCAAUUUGGUUUACCCUGUCGGCUUCAUUUUGCUCAGCAGUUGCUCUUAGACACUCUGAGUAUGCCACUGGAAUGACAUUAACUUUGAUCUUGCUUGUGAGGUUCGCAUGUUCAUGAUUUCUAACUCAACAAACUUCAAGAGCAUAAGUUCGGCUAUUAGUUUCAGAACAAAUAUUGCGGGACGAUGCUUACGCUUUUAAUCACACCACAAGAUCGUCGCUUGAAUUUGAGCGUUUCGAAGUUGGGUGAAGGAAAGUGCCAACACGUGAGCAUGUCUGGACGUAUCGGCAGAAUCUGAGUCAUGGAAUAGGGGUGUGCUCGUUCCUCUGUUUCACUUGCAAGUGUGCGGCCUGGGAGCCAUCAUGAGUGACGAACCAGUAUAGAUCAGUAGUACGCUUUCUGUCAACUCUGCUUUAACGAUGCAGCAGUUUCGAGAUUUUGAGCCUGCUUGUAGGGCUGCAGGUGGAGGAUAAAUUGUUCUUGUUGUUGUUGAUGUUGUAUUUUCAACUCGCUACUAGUUCACAGUGGUUUUUCAAUUGUUGUAAACUAUUCUAUUUGUACCCUGAAAGCGGUCUCGAAGCAGAAUUAUUCAGCGUGCAUGAAAAAGUAGGAGGCUACGUCAUUUAACGGCAUGAACACCGGAAGUGAGGCAAUUCUAAUCACAUAAUACUGCCGACCGUUCUUUUGCCGAUGUCAGUAUUUUUGGCGCUAAUGGAUAAUUGGAUGGAAGACACACAUAUUUCCAGAAAAAAACACAUGGUUGCGUCGCUUACACGUCUACUAAGCACGUAGGAAUGCCGACCGAAUAGAGUGAAUGAAAAAGCAGCGCACAAUGGAGCACAAUUAUGGUUCAAUCAAUACUCACGUGCUACAGUUAUUGUAAAUAUGGUAUUUGGGUGCGACCGCCGCGUCUAUUUGAUGAGCGCUCUUAAAUGAUCCAAGUAGAAUGUACACUCUACCCAUUCAUGUUGUAAUCAAGCCAUGGCUGCUGGAGUGCUUAUCAUUACAUGGUCAUUCAAUAGGAUCACGAUUAUGGGACACAGCGGUAACUAUUGGGGUUGGACGCGUGAUAUAUACUGUGUAAUUGUUCGUCAAUGCGCUUCGGUCACGAUUCGUAAACUGCACCUGGUGUAUAUGCUUUCCAACUUCGUGCUUGAGCUUGUUGAGCUUAAAGUUGGUGCAACACGAAUCUGUUGGCGAAGGAAGCUUGUAUUUCGUUUAUUGACCUCACUUGUAGUCAAUCUCACAUUUUGUUGAAGUGCUUCCAACAAGCCCCGAUACAUCCUCCACGCUGCUAUGGCGCCCAGUCGAGAGCGGAGUAGAAGUCCGAUGGGACGAGAAUCACUCCCGGCGACGGUCAUGAACGUCAAAAUGUGUUGCGCCAAGUGCGAGGAAAAAGCUAAGGAAGAAUGUGAAGAAGUGGAAGGGGUACUGAAGGUGGUAACUGAUCAGAGCGAGAGCAAGGUCAUCGUGUAUGGUCCAGCUGACCCAGAUGCAUUGCUUAAAAAGAUGAGGCGACACCUUGACAGACACGCUAUGUUUUGGCGCAUCGAUGGAGACGUUACAGAAGAAGUUGCGCCUCCACUAUUCCUCAAGGAACCUUCGGAGACGGGGAGACCAUUGUCAAUGGAUCAUAGAGAUGGAAGUCCGCUAGGGGAAUCGAGAGAGAUCCACCCAGUCCAAAGGGAGAUGAAAGAUGCUGAAAUUCGAGAAAGAGGGUCACUUGAUGUGGGUCCUCGCGAGGUGGUGUUCAUCCCCGUUGAUGCCAAAGAUGGAACGGCAGUCGAUCCCCGCACCGUGCGAAAAGUAGAGCCUGGCGACGAGAGACCACCCCUACUAGCACGCGAAUUUCACCCACUUGCAGAGAGAGAAAUGAUACCUCCUGCUGAUCCUAGGGAAAAUCCCGCACAGGUCCCUCGGGAGGUUGUAUUCAUUCCCGUCGAUGCUAAGGAUGGUACGCCAGUUGAUCCUCGCAGAGUGCAAGUAAUUGACUCCCGCGAUGGAACGUAUGUCAAUCCUCGUGAUGUAGCGCGCCCCUUGUCACCUUCUUAUGGUAGGCCCGACGCGCUUCCCGAGUUGCGGCCCGUGAACCCUCCUCGUCUGGGGCUCCCAGGCUCUCCUCGGGGGAAGCCCAUGGAUCCCCAUGAUGUGCAACCCUUCGAGCUACGUGAGGUUAGGCCUGGUAACGUCAGCGACCUGCGCCAAGUUGAUCCCGGAAUGAUGAGACCUGCGAGUCCUCGUGAGAUGCAGCGCAUGGAUCCCCACAUUCGUCCCGUCGACCCUCGGAUUGUUGAGCGGCAGAUCGACAUGCGGGAUGGAAGAGCUUAUGGACCACCUCCAGACGAACCUCCUCGACGCGUGGGAGUUCCGGAGGGGUUGGUUCCUAUCCGCACUGCUCCGCACUCACGGGAGGUGAACUUCGUCCCCGUUGAUCACAGAGUGUCUCAAACUAACCCCGGUCGUGGCGAUCCUCGGCCACGAAGUCCUCGAGAAAUAGCAGACCGAUAUAUGGCACGAGACCUGAGGGUCGUGUCUGAUUAUGGCCCUCGAAGCCCACGAGAUGGUGAUUAUGGCCCUCGAAGCCCACGAGAUGUUGAUUUUGGCCCUCGUAGACCACGAGAUGUUGAUUAUGCACCUCCUCGAGGUCUAAGAACACCUGAAUAUGCCCCGCGCAGUCCUCGAGAAGCAAUGGAUUACAACGCCCCUCGAAGCCUCCGAGGAGAAGGGUUUAGCGGUCCUCCGAGAUCUCCUGGAAGGCCAGUUCUUGACAGAGAAUUGAGUUUCAACGACUAUGGACCAAGCGGUGCCCCUCGAGCUGUAGAAGUGCCGAGGGUGCCAAUGCCUUAUGAGCCCCUGGACCCUCGUGAAGCUGACGCAUUUGAUUUCCGCGGCGGUCCCGGCGCUCAACAUCAUGUUCCUCCCAGAAGUCCGAGGGGCACUCUUGGAGGAGUGACUUUGGAGCCAGUUGUGCGAGGCUACGGGGAUAUCGACCCACGCCGGUUCAAGCCAGCAGAGCCACGGGUUCUGUUGGAUGUGACAAAGGAAUUAGCAGCAGCGGACCUCCGAGACCGAGAUUACGAUGCUCUUGAUUACAGGUCACGUGGUUUGGAAUCGCCGCGGCGGCAAUACUCGUCGAAUCCAAACGAGUUUCGGAGUGGGGAGAGUCACCCGCGUGAGUAUCAGCCCAGAGAGUCGGUCCUCAGUGAUUACCAGCCCAGUCAGGACUAUCAGCCUGGUCCUCUCGCCAGUCAGGUUCUGGACGACUUCCCCAUCACCAACCCCAACUACAAGAAACAGAUUGGGGUUGGACCGGAAUAUUGAUAAUGCGUUGUCAAGUCCGUUGUAAAUAGAUUGAAUCCUACGAUAUUAUGUCCACUAGAGGAGUUGGCUCCUCAGACCAUUUUGGCAGCAGAGCAACACUGUAGAGGGGAGUGGUUGCCAUGAAUUUUGGUUGCAGGAAACAACAGCCCUUCCAAAGCUGUGCAGGUAAGGAUGCUAUGUAGUUAGUGGUUGGGUUGAAACGACUUUGAGCAGAUCCAUCUACUAGAUUUCAGAGAAUGGAACAGCUGUUUGACCAUUUCUCUUUCCACUGAAUGCUUUCGCCAUCCCUGACCAAAUCUAACUAAGACAAUUCCAUGGUCAUUGUA